GACUUGGAUGUUUCAGUCCGGGAAGAUGGUGUGCGGGGGCUUCGCUUGUUCCCGCAACGCGCUGUGCGCCCUCAACGUCGUUUACGUGCUGGUCGGGCUGCUGCUGAUUGGCGUGGCUGCCUGGGGGAAAGGCUUCGGCAUUGUCUCCAGCAUCCACAUCAUUGGAGGGGUCCUUGCUGUGGGGUUCUUCCUGCUUCUGAUCGCCAUCGUGGGACUCAUCGGUGCUGUCAACCAUCACCAAGUCAUGCUCUUCUUUUACAUGAUCAUUCUAGGGCUGGUUUUUCUUUUCCAGUUUGGAGUCUCCUGUUCAUGUCUCGCCCUCAGCACAAGCAAACAGGAAAGUCUCUUGAGCAGUGCCUGGGGAAUGCUGGACAACGAAACCAGGAGCUCAUUGGAAAAGAGUCAGAACUGCUGCGGAUUCUUCAACAGAACUACCGCAACAGACAAGGGCGGCCCUGAACGCUGCGGUGCGGAGUGCUGGGAAUCUUCUUCCGUGUGCGUCACGUGUGGCAUGAAGAUGAUGGAGCAUGCGGACGAGGCCUUGAAAAUCCUUGGUGGAGUCGGGCUCUUUUUCAGUUUCACAGAGAUCCUUGGAGUGUGGCUCGCCAUGCGCUUCAGGAACCAGAAAGACCCCAGAGCAAAUCCCAGUGCCUUUUUAUAGAGCAUCCUCUUUCUC